UGAAAACUGAUAAACCCCGGCCUAUAGGAUAGAACUAAAAAACCGGAAAAACAGAAGUGGAGAAUCCACUGCAUAAUUCCUCAAGAUCUGUUCUAGGGUUCCUCAAUUUCGAAGUGUAAUUGACGCAUUAACUUUGAAAAAUUCCAUCAUUUUUGGUUACCAUCUCCAAUUUGAACAGGUUUUCUAUUUCCCCCCUUUUUUGCGGUUGGCGGGGGAACGAUUUGGAAUUUGAGGGUUUUGGUUUUCUUGGGAAAGAAUUGGGUUUGGUUUUCGAGAAUUGUGAGGAUAUUGGAGAAAGCAAAUGCCGGAGGAGGAUUUGGUAGAGCUGAAAUUCAGAUUGUACGAUGGAUCAGACAUCGGUCCGUUCCGAUAUUCGCCGGCGUCGACUGUUGCUAUGCUGAAGGAAAGAGUUGUCGCAGAGUGGCCUAAAGAUAAGAAAGUUACCCCAAAAGCAGCAAAUGAUGUGAAAUUAAUAAGUGCCGGGAAAAUUUUGGAGAAUAACAAGACCGUUGCACAGUGCAAGACGCCAUUUGGAGAGCUGCCUAAUGGAGUUAUCACCAUGCACGCUGUUGUACAGCCAUCGGUAGCAAAAGCUAAGACGGAGAAGAAGGUCGACGAGACUCCAAAGAAGAAUGUAUGUUCGUGUUCCAUCUUGUGAGAGUGGAAGUUUGAUUCAGCCACACAAUAAUUUGUAAACAGUACAAUGCUCAUAAUUCAGUGUGUGUGUUUGAGAGCAUUUAUGUGUAAGAGUUGUUUGUCAUGUAUGCUUGUUUCUAUAAAAAAAUUGCUGCUUGUACAUGUGUAGGUGCAGAACCUUUACAUACUAUGAGAAUACAUCAUCUUUGGGCUCUUCCCUCCAGUACUUAUCUUGAAGGUCUUGAUCAGACUGAAAUUUCUCCA